UUAAUAAAGUUUCUUAUGUCCUCUUUCUCCCUCCAGUUGUUCCGACAUGGCGACAGAUCUCCGGUCAAAGCUUAUCCUACUGACCCGUACCAAGAGAAAGACUGGCCACAAGGCUUUGGACAACUAUCACAGGAGGGCAUGAGGCAGCACCUUAACCUGGGCCAGUUUCUGAGGGAUCGAUACAAAGGUUUCCUCAGCGAAUCCUAUGACCGACACGAGAUCCUAGUUCGCAGCACAGACCAUGAUCGCACCCUGAUGAGUGCCGAGGCCAACCUCGCAGGUCUGUACCCCCCCAGUGGGCAGCAGAUCUUCACGCCCUCCCUGAAGUGGCAGCCGAUACCCGUCCACACGGUGCCGCAGAGUGAAGAGAGGCUUCUCUCGUUUCCUUUGAACGACUGUCCUCGCUACGAACUACUGAUGAAUGAAACCGAGAAAACAGCAGAGUUCCUUAAUGUUACCACAGCAUACAAGGACAUCCUAGAUCUGGUGAGGAGCAAAACAGGACUGAAUAAGACAAAUGUGGAGUCAGUGUGGAGCGUUUAUGACACACUCUACUGUGAGUCCCGUCACAACAUGUCGGCUCCUGAUUGGGUGACUACCGACGUUAUGAACAAACUCCGAGCGCUCAAAGACUUUGGAUUUCAGGUCAUGUUCGGGGUCUACAACCAGCAGGAGAAGAGUCGACUGCAGGGAGGCAUCUUGCUGGGUGAAAUAGUGAAGAAUAUUUCCACCAUGGCCGCCGCAGACUCGACACAGCGACUCAAACUGAUGAUGCUCUCAGCACAUGACACCACUGUAGUCGCUCUGCAGGCCAGCUUGAAUGUGUUCAAUGGAAUUCAGCCGCCGUACGCCUCCUGUCACAUGUUUGAGCUGUACCGAGAGGAAAAUGGCUCUGCCACGGUGUCGAUGUUUUACCGGAACGACAGCACCGUGGAGCCGUACCCGCUUCAGCUACCAGGCUGCUCUCUCAACUGUCCGCUGGAUGAUUUCGUGAGAAUUACAAAGCUGUCCAUCUCAGACGACAGGGACAAAGAGUGCCAAGUGCCUUCAGAAGGGAGAGAUAAAGAAGUCAUCAUCAGCCUGGCGCUGUCCGGCUGCCUGCUGCUCCUCCUCAUCGCCCUCCUCCUCGGCGUUAUCUGUUGGCAGAAGCAGCCAGUAAGCAGCCGUGGAUACCACCAUGUGAUCAACCAGGAAGUCGGAGAGGAAUCCUGACAGAAGCACAGACUUCUCCCUCGGAGAUCUACGAGCCUCGUCUCUUGGGGCAGCAGCGAUGACGAUGAACUUUGACUUUGCUCAUCUGGGGAAGAUUGUGAUGAAGUUUUGAUUUUAGACGGUGUGUUAACGGAGGGGAAACAUUCUUGGUAGUGUCAAUUUCUUGAACAACCAAGCUCAGAUUUUUUUUGUGUGUGAUUUCAGUCACAACUUUACGUGAUUACAAAAAAUUUUUACUUCAUUAAAAUUGAGUUAUCUCAAGAAGUUAAACCGGGAAUGUGAGUCAUCAGAGGGGUGGACUAUGAAGUGAGAUGAAUGCAGGUUAGCAGGUACGUUGAGCUGAAGUCAGUGUCUUCAGUGUGGCAAAGAUUUCACCUGCUAGAUCACCAUGGUAACUCAUUCUUAUUAGUUAAGCUGCUCUGGAGGAGGUGCUGUUCAGAGUUUGGGAUUUAAAUUGUGAGAAGCACCACGUUUUCACCAUUUUUGUCCCGACCAAAAAAGAAGCUUUUCACUUUGAUUUGGCCAAAACCUGAAGUGAUUUCCUGCAGCUGUCAUGUUAGAAAUAAGCAGCUGAACUGAUAAAUGUUUGGAUUCCUCGUAGCUCUUUAUUAUAACUGACUAAAAUAAGGAUCAUGUCAUUGGUCCAUUUAGUGCAGAGCGAGUCACAUGGCAUUUCAAACACCUGCUGUAAUGGGAAAAUACACAGAGUCAGAAGGAGAAAGCUUAACGAAGUUUACACCCACCAUCUUACAUCAUUUCUGAUAUCCGUUACCUCUGAUUGGGGUUUCAAGUUUUGUUGAUCCAGCUAACAAAGAAAGCCUGGAUGUGUUGAACUUGCUUUGUAGAACAUCCCUCUGAUCCUGUUAAGCCAGUUCACACAUGUAUGAAUUAUGUGUGCAGAGAUGUACUCCUGAAUCUGGCUCUCUGUGUGUGAGUGUGUGUGAGUAUUGUUGGAUCUUUUUGUAUGUGUGUGUGUGUGUUCUCUCCGAGGCCUAAUGACCGAGUUGCCUUAAAUAUUUUACAUGAAGGGGUGUUUUGUUUUUUGGGGGAUGUAACACAUUUUUUGUUGGAUUACAAGGUUGUCAUUUCAUUCUUCAGAAAAACAAACACCAGCUCAGUGUACGGUUAGCUCACCCUGACCUGUCACCUCUUUGUAAACUGGAACUCAGCAAAACCGAUGACUUUUGGGACAAUAACAGGAAUCAUACACACUUUGGAAUCAUCAGUUAGUUUCACCUUUACUCAGCUUCCAUGUAAAGCAUUUAGAUUAUUUUUUUUUUUAGUUGUGAAUAUCUGGGAACUUUGGAAACACUUGUGUGUUUUUGGAUCUUCUUAGUCUUGAACAGAUUUCUUGCUCUUCCUAAAGGGAUACGACGGAUCAACUGUAGCUAAAACUUUUAUCUCGUGUGGUUUUAGGAAACAAACAGGAGAUUGGGAGGUGAACGUUUCUUUGUUUGCACAUGUAACUUUCAGUCUAAUGCAGGGAUGAUCAGGGUCUUAACUGUAAGUCCAGAUCCACAGUGUGGAUUGGGAAGGAAUUUGCACAUUGCCAACCACAUCGUCUUCAGUUACAUCCAAUGUGGAGACACCUUUAAUAAAUGCAUCAAAAAAAGGGUGAUGUUCUGUGAUUGGGUCCAUACUCUGUCAUUUUCUUUCUGGCUAUACAAACGGAUUGAUCAGACUGAGAAUGUGUAAAUAUUUUUUGUCAAAAUGAAUGAUAAAUAAUUGUCAUUUCAUGAAAAAGGUGUGACAUGCACGCUGAUGUUCAGAGCUUUUAUAUUUAUCCCGGAAGAAUGAUGCAGAAUCUGCUGUAAGGAGAAAAGAGAUCUUUCCCCAGCUGUUGCUAUGCAAAAAAUGUACAAGUUGUGAUGGAAAGUCGCUCAAGCACAGUAAUUAAGUACAAUGUUACUUUCUGCCUUCAAUCCUCUAUAUUUCAUCAGUUAAUACUGUAGUUUCUACUCCACUA